AUGAUGAUGGCGAUCAAAUACAGCUUGAUGGUCAUUGCAUUGUUUGUAUUGUCAUCCAAUGCAUUGUACUUUGAAUUGAACGGUGGUCAGACAAAGUGUUUCCUAGAGGAGAACCCAAAGGACACUCUAUUGGUUGGCAACUACGUCCUUGAGGACUUGAACCCACAGAAUGGAAUGCCCAAUUCACAAUUGGCACUCACAAUCAAGAUCACUGAUCCAGAGAACCAUGAGGUCAUGAACAAGCAUAUGGGAGCAUCUGGUAGAUUCGCCUUCCAAACUCUUAUGGGUGGUGAGUACAAGGUUUGCGUCUCCACCAACAGCUCAAAGUGGUUCGGUCCAUCCAUCAAGACUAGACUUCACUUUGAUAUUCUGGUUGGAGCCAAUGCCAAUGAUUAUGAGGAGAUUGCCAAGGCUGAUCACCUUAACCAAUUGGAGAUUGCCCUCAAGAGACUGAACGACAGAGUUACACAGAUCAGAAAGGAGCAGAGCUAUCAGAAGGCUCGUGAGAUGACCUUCCGUAACACAAGUGAGAGUACCAACAACCGUGUGACUUGGUGGGCUGUCCUCCAGCUGGUCGUCCUCGUCCUGACCGGUUUGUGGCAGAUGAGACAUCUCAAGUCAUUCUUUAGAGCAAAGAAGUUGGUA